UGGUUAUUUACCUCUCGAUUAUUGCAGACUAGAUCCCACGAAACAACAAAGGUACUUGAGUGUGAAAGGUGAAGUAACGAUAUGUCUACGUUCUUUUACUCUUCCUACGACUCAGAAUCGUCUUCUGAUGAGGAUACCUUGUAUUACUCAGACGAUGAACGUCACUUAGAGCAAAGGCAAACGUCUGGCAAGAGUUUGUUGAUCACCGGUGAAAGUGAUGACAGUGGAGAAGAAACCAUGUCCGAAAGUGAGGACGAGGCACCAGCCAACAAAUCAGCAUUUUUGAAGAAGGCCGGUUCCGAUGAGGAAGAUGAUGAAGAAUCAAGCGAUGAUGAAUGGAACAACUCUGACUCUGACUCUGAUUCUGAUGCUGAAGCUCCAAAGGGUCGUUCUUAUUUCCUCAAAAAGGAUUUCCUCAAGGGCAACAACUCUGAUUCCGACUCUGAUGACGAGGAUGAAAAGAAGGUUGUUAGAAGUGCAAAGGAUAAAUAUUUGGACGAAAUUGCUGAUUUGACAGACACCAUUGAAAACCUAUCCAUGGUUGAAGAAUGGGUCCGCAUUGCAUCCGAAUUCGACAAGCUGUUCAAGCUAGCCUACAGACACAACCAAUAUCACUUGUCAAUUCCAAGGUCAUACAUCAAGGCCAUCUCAGUUCUAGAAGACGCAAUCACCAACGAAUCGAGCUCCAACUCAAACGAAGAAGGUAAGAAACUCAAUGCAAGCGAAAGUAAGAGCUUGAACAUCUUGAAGCAAAAGAUCAAGAAGGAAGUUAAAGCUUACAGAGAAGAAGUAGAUCUUUAUAAGAAAGACCCUGAAGCUUACGAAGCAAUCAAAGAUGAAGCUCAAUUCCUUGAAGUUGAAGCAUCCGAUGCUGAGAAGAAGGAGUUGGUUGUAUCAAUUGAGAACCUGUUUACGAUUGUUCAAUCAAUAAUCGAAUCUCGUGGUAAGAAAGGUAUUGACCAAAGAGAGAACUUGAAGACUUUGAAUGAACUUUUACAGAUUGCUCAAUCGACUUACGAAAAAAUUGUCCUUUUAAACUUAAUCAUUUCGUCACGUUUCGAACUUCACACCAAGGAGCAGUUCAUGCCGACCGCCGAAUGGAACAUCAUUUUUGAAGAUAUUUCAAAGCUUCUAGAUGUGCUUGACGCAGACGAAUCAUACAUCAUAACCGAAGUUGCCCCUCCUAACGAUGAUAUCACCACCCCACCACCUGCAAAUUCUGAAGGAAAGCAUUUAAUUGUUGGCUCGGUUACUUCAUUUGUUGAGAGACUUUCUGAUGAGCUCACAUCACACUUGCUUUAUCUCGAUCCAAACUCCUCCGAAUAUAUUUCUUUGUUGAAAGAUGACUCCAAAUUUUAUGGUCUCGUUGUUCGUGCUCAAACUUAUUUGACUCGUAUCAUUCCAACCAAGAGCUACGGUGAGAUUGAAGGUGACCAACUCUGCCGUAUUAUUAUAAAAAGACUUGAAAGCAUUUAUUACAAGCCCGUUCAGCUCAUUGUGCUAGCUGAAUUAAAUGCGUGGAAUCUAUUAAAUACCGAAGACAACUCAUCAAUUGCAAAAAUUAUUUCUUCGGAAGCGACAGACGCUUUAAACAUAAGCCAAGUGAACUCCUUGCUGGACUCAUUAUGUUCUCACCUCUACCAAUACUCAACAGGUGCCGCAUCCCCGGUUUACCGUAAACGUGCAGCUUUGAUGCAGGCUUACUAUUAUGCUACAUCGAACCAAUUUUUCCGUGCACGUGAUAUCUUGCAUCUUACUCAUGUCCAAACCACUAUUCACACAUCCGAACCAGGAGUUCAGGUAUUAUUCAACCGUGCUAUUGUUCAAUUGGGUCUUGCAGCAUUCCGUUCUGGCUUACUUGAAGAAGCACAGACAAUUUUGAAUGAAGUUGUCACAAGUCCUCAUACCAGAGAACUUUUAGGACAAGGUAGAAUCUAUUUCUCUAACUCAAACUCAAACUCAGCUGAUAAUGGUUCUAGUGAAAAAGGCAAGUACGUGCCGUUCCAUAUGCACGUCAACAUCGAGUUGGUAGAUGCCGUGUAUUACAUUUCCUCUUUGUUGUUUGAAGUUCCAUUGAUGGCGUUACAAGCCUACCAAGGCUCCACUCCUGGUGCCGUUGCUUACGCAAACGGAGAAGCUCAAACACAAGCUCAAAAUGCAAAGAAAAAUUUCUCAAGAUCGUUCAAACGUAUUCUUGAAUACACUGAAAGACAAUAUUUCCAAGGACCAGCUGAAGAAACCAGAGAUACUGUUUUCGAGGCCUACAACCACUUGGUCAAGUUCAACUGGAAAACUGCAUCUAAGAUCCUUUGCGAAUUACGGGUAUGGAAUAUGAUGCCAGGUGUUUCUGUAUCAAACUCUCAGGGUAAAACCGGUUUAGAAUCACUGAAUGAUAUGUUGGUUGAAUCUUGUAAGAUACAGGCACUGAAGACAUGGACAUAUGUCAACUCUGGUACUAUUAAAAACUACUCUGUGAGGAAAUUAGCUGCUAGGUUCGAGAUUGACGAAUCUUUGGUGUGCAACACCAUCGGUGGUUUGAUCUACCGUGAAGAAAUCAGAGGUUUCCUCAAGUUCAACGACGAUGGUAGUAAGACCGUUGUUUUCGAAAAGAAGGAAGACGGCAUGGGAGAAAUUGUGCGGGGCUUGACCGAUCGUGUCAACUCGAUCUUAGAACGUAAUGAAAAGUUGAGUUUAGGUGGUUACCAAAUCAUGUUGAAGAAGAAAUAGAGAAGGGACUUACGUCUUCACCUAUCUAUUUUCUAUUUAUAAACAGACAUCUGAAUUGAUUUUUCGAACUAAAUCUUAAUUCUUUUCUUGUAUAUUUUCUUUAUAUACACAAACAACUAUAUAUGAUCUGGAAGGUCGGUGCUACAGUUACCCGAAUCAGCUGUUUUGAGAACAGAAUAUUUGGGGCACUUAC